AUGGACGCCAGCCUCAUGGCCAACGAGGUGUCGUCGCUCAGCGGCUACCGCAGCCCGACGCAGCUGCCCGCGCACGAGGAGGAGCCCCCGAUGCUGGCGCCCGAGGUCCAGGACGGCCCCGAGCAGUUCGACUUCCAUCAGUCGUUCGGGAUCAUGACGGGCCGCCGCCUGCAGCGCCGCUACCGGGGCGUGUACCAGAAGUACUCGUUCGUGACGCAGCUCGUGACGUGGAUCAUCGUCGUCUACAUCAUCGUGGUGUUUGCCGUGCUCGCCGCCAAGAAUUCAGCUACCACGGACGCGCAGGCGUCGGUGUCGGACGGAGCCUUCUACUUUGCCAUCAUUGUGCUGGCCCUGUACAUCCUCGUGAAGCUGGCACUGAUCGUGCGCUGGAUCAUUUACUGGAUCAUCAUCGCUGAGCUGCUGACGUACGCAAUCACGAGCAAUCUGUACGUGCUCUUCUGGAUCGACGACAAUGAAGUUACGGACACGGACCGCCAAGUGCGCCGCGUGAUGAUCAUCGUGCUCAUUUCAGUCGAGAUCAUCACGGUGUUCGCCUACUGGUUCACGCACUACGCGUAUCCGUGGCUGGUACUUCACCAGAAGCUGAACCUGGUGGAGUGGUGGAACGUCAAGCCUGGAGUGGAGACCAAUUCCAUCACGUACCGCUCGAAGGCACGCUUCUACUCGCGUAAACGCAACGUGGUCAAGUACUGCGGCGGAUUGAACGCUCAGGGCCAGCCUCAUGGCUUCGGCAUGUGGACGGACACGGCGUACCAUGGUGAACGCCUGACGGGUCAGUGGGAAGACGGCGUUCCUGUGGGUCCGUUCCGCAGUUUCGAGUACGGAAGUGGCUACUCGUUUGUGAACAUUCGUAUCGGGUUUUGUCACAACCGUGGCGAGAAGGGUCCGACGGAGAUUUUUUUCUUCCCGAAGCACUCGGACAACGGCUUGAACUGGGGUGUCGCCAGUGUGGAGUGCUCUGUGUCAGGCGGCUUCUUCAAAUACUUGCCUACAGUGACGCACUUGACGCCUUCGUACGUGGAUGAGAGCCCCCAGAGCGCAGCGGAAUGCCUCCCAGCGCUACGCACUCCGACCGAUGGCGUUGUUUUCAACCACAAGGAGGAAGAGGAAGCUAUGCACGGGAAGCCGCGACGCGAUCGUGUUAGGAGGAGGCACCUGUACCGGGAAGAAUCUGCUCCUGUCCUCGAUCUUCCUAGCACCGAUGCCGACGAUGGAAAGGAGGCGCUGGUAUUGCUGCACGGCUACAACUGUUCUCUGGACUACGGCAUGAACCGUCUAGCACAACUGCUUGCACUUGGAGACUUCCCCUCGUACAUUCAUCCGUAUGUAUUCAGCUGGCCUAGUGGUGGCGUGCUCGCUUAUUUCCAAGCGAAAGAGGUCGGCAGUGAAAGUGAGCGCACAGCGGACGACUUCAUCCUGUUUUUGAAGAGCCUGAUUGAUGCGGGAUACACGAAGCUGAACAUUAUCGCACACUCGAUGGGAGCACGCGUUUUCUUCAGCAGUCUCAACAAGGGUCUUUUCGACGAGGUGUUUUGGCCUACGGGGAGCCACACGAACAUGGGAAAUGCAACUAGAAAACUGGAGCUGUCUACGCUUACGUUCUGCAACCCGGACUAUGAUCGCAACGAUUUUGUCAAAUACGGCGGGGGAUACGACCGCGCGCGGCGCUUCUGCAGCCACAUCACGCUGUACGCGGACAGCAUGGACGGCGCGCUGUUUUACCUGGAGUAUCUGUCCAAGAAGUCGGUCACGGGUCCGCUGAACUACUCACUGGGUCGGCGCGGACACAUGAUCCAUCGCGACCCCGAGGAGAACGACGUGGCUGGACGGUCCGACACGCAGUUCCUCACCUGGCAGAACAAGAACCUGGCCGCACCGCAAGAUUUGGACCUGGCGUACGCUGCGGUGAACCAGCGCGCCAACUACCCGGGCGUGGCUGCGUUCGCGUACAACCGCAGCCGGACGCACCCCACCAACGACGAGUCGGCUCCUUACGGCACAACGCGAGGCGGUGAGAUGGAUGAAGACGCGCCGCUGCACUACCUGGACAUGGACGUGAUCGACACGACCUGGAUGGACAACAACGUGCACGCGAUCCGCCACAACUACUUCAACCUCAACCCAACGAUCGUGGACGACCUCCGCCACUUGAUCGUGCUCAAGAAGCGAGCGAGCGCCCGCCCCGGCCUGCUCAAGACCACGUCGGCCGAGAACGUCUACAUCUUCCUCGUGGCGCCGUCUCACGUCAAGAACAAGUAA